GCGCGUCCUUACGCACCUCAGAGGAGUCGCUUUUCAUCCAGCGAGCGAUCAAACAGGAACCACAGGGCCUCGGCUCCUUUGGGGAUUUUUUGUUUGUUGUUUCUGAUUUUUUUUUGUGGCCGUUCCAGGCUUGGAGGGAAGAAGGAGGAACUGGGAUUUUGUUUCCUUUUUGUUUUGGAUUUUUGCUUCCCUCUUUGAGCUGAAGGGGAGGGUUUCAACUGGUGUUUAGACACGAUGCUGUCAGGAUUUGGAGCUGAGGGUUGGGUUUUCUCCACUUAAAGAUCUCUCCUUAUCUGGAUGUAACAGCCUCAGUGAAAGUUUAUUUUUGUGUAGGUUCCUUUGAGGAUGAAUAAAUGGAAAGGAUCAGGGUGAGGUGGUUAACAGUGAGGCCACCCGUGUUUUCUUUUCCAUCCUCCAAACGCUGUCCUCUCUCCAAUCUAAAACGCCAGGCAGUGGUUUUGGAUGAAGCGUGCUUGAGGUGAUGCGUCUCCCUUUCACUGCAACUGACACCUGCUUGGAUUUCCCCUCUUGUCGGAUCUGUACGUUUCCAGAAUGGCUCGCUUCGCUGACGAUCUACCCAGCCGCUAUGGAGGGAGCACGGUCGGCGGAGGGAGAGGCGGACCGGGCGCCGGGAGAGGGGGCGCCCGGGGCGGCGGCGCAGGCGGCGGCGGUGCCCAGAGGAUGUACAAGCAGUCGAUGGCUCAGAGAGCCCGAACCAUGGCUAUUUACAACCCGAACCCCGUCAAGCAGAACUGCUUCACUGUCAACCGAUCCCUGUUCAUCUUCCGAGAAGACAACCUCAUCAGGAAGUAUGCAAAGCGAAUAACAGAGUGGCCUCCAUUUGAGUACAUGAUCCUGGCAACUAUUAUCGCCAACUGUAUCGUGUUGGCAUUGGAGCAACAUCUACCUGCAAGUGACAAGACGCCGAUGUCGGAACGCCUGGACGACACAGAGCCCUACUUUAUUGGAAUAUUCUGUUUCGAGGCCGCCAUUAAGAUCAUCGCCCUGGGCUUCGCGUUUCACAAAGGCUCCUACCUCCGCAACGGCUGGAAUGUAAUGGACUUCGUGGUCGUACUCACAGGCAUCCUGGCCACGGUGGGUUCAGACUUUGACCUGAGAACUCUGCGAGCCGUUAGAGUGCUGAGGCCCCUAAAACUGGUGUCAGGGAUUCCUAGUCUCCAAGUUGUCCUGAAAUCCAUAAUGAAAGCCAUGGUGCCGCUGCUUCAGAUCGGCUUGCUGCUCUUCUUCGCCAUCGUCAUGUUCGCCAUUAUCGGGGUGGAGUUCUACAUGGGGAAGUUCCAUCAGUCCUGUUUCAAGCCUGGCGCUGAAAGAGUGGUUGACUGGCCAUGUGGUUCCGAGUUACCAGCCAGGACUUGCCCCAAUGGCACUGUUUGCCAGGAAUACUGGACCGGACCUAAUUUUGGCAUCACCAACUUUGACAACAUCCUGUUUGCAGUGCUGACAGUGUUCCAGUGCAUCACUAUGGAAGGCUGGGUGGACAUCCUCUACAGUGAUUGGCUGGUGCACCACAUAAUAAAGUGUUAA